UCACAAAUGAAUACAAUAGAGGAGCAAAUGAUAGAAUAUAGAUAGAAUGGCAUUUAAUAGUAUCGGUAGUGUUGGUAAGCGUGGGUGUGUUUACUUCGUCCAGCUGAUCGCCUCCUUGCCUUCCUUCACUGCCGGCAUGUCUUAUUUAACGCAGCCACUAAGAAGAACAAUCCUAGCGUUAACAUGCCUCAAGACCCCACCCUGGCACUACCCAUCUGGCCCCUCCCACACCCCAGUUGCGGCGUGGGCGUGCGGGGGCUGGCGGGGCAUGGCGGGACACAGCAAGUGGGCCAACAUUCGCCACACCAAGGCACUCAAGGAUGACCAGAAGCAGCGAACUAUCCAUAAGUGUAUCCAGAUGAUCAAGGUUGCCGUCAAGGAGGGAGGCAACGCGGACCCCAAACUGAAUUCGAAGCUGGCCAGAGUGAUUGAGCAUGCACGGAAUCAGAACAUGCCGGCCUCCACCAUUGCCGGCAUCCUCAAGCAGACCCAGAAGACCCAAGAUAAUGCCAAGUCAAUGAUGCUGGAGUACCGGGCGCCAGGUGGUCUGCUGCUGCUGGUGGAGGUGCUCACUGACAACCUGGUGAGGACUCGGAACAGCAUUCAGAGUAUUAUCAAGAAGACCAGCAUACAAGAGGUGAAGGGGGGUGGCGUUCAUCACCUCUUUGACGAGAAGGGAGUGGUGGUGGCUGGGAAGGACAAGACACCCCUGGAGGAGGCGCUGGAGCUGGCCAUUGAGAUCGGGGCAGAGGAGGUGGAGGAGGAGAAGGAGGGGGGAGCCAAGUUUGUGUUCACAUGCUCCCCCGAGGCCUUCCAGGGGGUGACAGGCGUGGAGGAGCAGGGGUACCAGGUCUCCUAUGCCAGCAUUGACUACCUGCCACAGACACCUCUCUCGCUGCCUCCUGAUGACAUGGAGAGAGUCGGUGCUGUGCUGGAGAAACUGGACGGUGUGGAUGAUGUUAUGAGGAUACAUGUUAACUUGUAGAGAGAGAGAGAGAGAGGAGGAUGUUUUGUUUUUGUGUGUGUGUGAGAGAUAAAAAGAAGGUUUGUGUUUGUGUGUUUGAGAGAGAGAGAGAGAGAGAGAGAGAGAGAGUGUGUUUAUGUGAGUUAGAGAUAAUGUGUUUUUGUGUGUGUGUGUGUGUGUGUGUGUGUGUGUGUGUGUGCGUGUGUGUGCAAGAUUUAAUUAACAACAUUGUACAUAGAUUUAAAAAGAGAAUAAAUAAAUAAAUAAAGAAAGGAAA